CACCGGACCAGUCCGCCGCCCCACUCCGGUCUGAACGCACGCGCCGCUCCUAACAACAUAGCGCCAGACACGAUAAACACGCAACCCAUUACCGAUUUAAUUUUUUCAAAGUGUCCAGUAUUUUUGUUGAAGUGCUAUAAAUGUGUAAAUAUUUUUCUAUAUCGACUCUGUGAUAGCGGGCAGGCUCGGGCGGGGCGAACUCCUGACACAGUGGCUCAGUCGGCCGCAGGUCGCCGAGUAAGCACCAUCGAUUUUCUCCACGCAGCAAUACGCGAGUGCCCGCAAAAUGCAUAUUGAAGUGCAAGUCGCUCUCAACUUCGUCAUAUCCUACCUGUACAACAAACUGCCGCGGCGGCGGGUGAACAUCUUCGGCGAGGAGCUAGAGAAGGCGUUGAAGGACAAGUUCCGGGGUCACUGGUACCCCGACCGGCCCUGCAGAGGGUCCGCGUUCCGGUGCCUGAAGACCGGGGGUCCGCUGGACCCUGUCUUGGAGCGCGCGGCGCGGGAGUCGGGGGUGCCUGUGAGGGAUGUCCUGGAGCACUUGCCGAGGGAUCUGGCUGUCUGGGUUGACCCAGGAGAGGUGUCCUACCGCAUCGGAGAGAAGGGAGCGGUGAAGGUGCUGUUCAGCAGCGAUGAGCGAGCGGCCGAUGAGCGAACCGACCGGGAGGUGACCCGGGCGUUCAACCCCGAGGCGCAGUGCUUCCGGCCCGUGGAGCCCGCGGCGGCGCCGUCGCCCCCCGCGCCCGCCGCCUUCUCCCCCGCGCCGCCGUUCCGCGCGCAGCCCCUGACCUUCACCACCGCCACCUUCGCGCAGACCAAGUUCGGCAGCACCAAGCUGAAGACGAGCAGCAAGCGCGCCAACCGCAUGUCGCCCACCGAGUUCAGCAACUACAUCAAGCAGCGCGCGGUGCAGCAGCAGCUGGCGGCGCGCGCGCUGUCGCCGGCGGGCGACCCGGCCGCGUACUUCGUGGGGCGGCGCGAAGGCCCGCCCGCGGGCGCGCCGCCGUACCCGCCGGCGCCGGCGCACCUGCUGCUCGCCAACUGAGCCGCGCACGCGCGCUAGCCGCCCCGCGCGACCCGCUCAUAGAGUCUUUACUUUUUUACGAGAGAGACGCGCGCCGCGAAUCGCGAUUUAUUUUUUUAAUUUCAGCGGGGGCGCCCCGCGCCGCCCGUCGCUUGUGAUAUCCGUACGAUUUUCCAUAACUUUUUGUAUUCUCGUUCGUUACGUCGAUGUGUAAAUUUAUCGAUAGGAGCAAUAAUCGGCCGCGCGACUCGCCGGCGAUUUAUUUUCGUAAUAUUUAAAGCCGAGUCACGUUUUUGAUGUCUUCGUUCGAUAUCGAUAUAUUAGUAGGGUAAGGGAACGAGAGGCCGGAUGGCCACGUGCGCUUACGACGUACCUUCUAUAGAGCGAGCCUGUAUACAUACGUCCUCCGAUCUAAGAAAUACUGAUAUUUAAAUAUGUAUACAUAAUAUAUAUUCGUACGCGAUAUUCGUCUAAUUUUUCACGUGGAAACGAAAGGCCAAUAGAGAAAUUACGUAUUUUUAAUAUUGAAAUUGAUAAUUCAUACUAACUAUAUAAAGUACCUACUAACUGGUAUGUAUGUACUCGUAUCGUAUCGUAUCGUAUGUAAUAAAUGUUGCAUAUCCGGUCGGACGCGGUCGGACGGCGCGGCGGGCCGCCCGAAGGCGUCGGAGAUCUCACCUAGUGUAAUCAUCACUCGUACGAUUAUUUAUAACCUUAUAAUAUUAUUACAAUAUACAUAAUAUAUUAUAGGUAUAGUUACGUUUCAAUCUAACAGUAUUUUUUUAAGAAGAUAUUAGUCCUCGAGUACAUUACCGGCCGACCGCGUGUCGGCCUUAGUCUGUAUGGUACCUAUAAUAAUAUUGUUAUAAUAAAAGACAUUGAGUGUAAAUGAUAGAAAAGAUUUCUCAAUUCAUAAAAUAACGGGUGCAUGCAAAUUCAUGGAAGUAAAUACUAUGUGUUAUUUAUCUUUUUUAUAUUUCACUCGGCGAUGUUCAGUUUUUCAGUGGAGGGUGUAGUGGGGUAGUGUAGUGCCGCUUGUCCUUGAGUGUCGCCCGCGCGUUACGGACCGACCGGACCGCGUCGGGGAGUGUAGACACGCUUUCUAUUCCAUGCACAACAAUGACAAGUUGUACCUGAAUAAGAAAAUGUGCAACUAUUUUUUUACUAUUUUUAUAUUUUGAUUUAGAUUAAGUAUAGAUGUAUGAUUUCAGUAGGCGUCUACAUUUCCUACGAUAAUUUUAACUUGUACUUGAUUCAUGCCCUAUUCAUUAAAUUAUUGGUAGGUACGUUGGGUAAAAGUACUAAGGUCCCUCGAUUGAAAAACUGGCCAAAGUGCUACAGUAUUUUGUAGAUAAAAUCUAUAAUGUAAGUUUAAUAAUAAUAAAACUUAGAGUAAUGAGAAUUUUUAUUAAAGAUACUUUUUAUUUUUUUUUCUUUUGUAAGAUAUAUUAGAUGGAAGUGUUAAAGAUAAUAUAAAAUUUGCAUAAUAUAGUAAAGCGGCUCUACAUGCCCGUGAAUAUAAUUAGUCAAUAAUAAUUUUUCAUAUUGUUGUACGACUUUUUAAGUUUAUAUUAAAAUGUUUUGUGCAAUCUA